UAUUCUUACAAAGAGACCAAUUCUGCAUAACAAACAAACUCAUCUUUAUUCUCAAUUCUUAUUAUGGCUAUGCAUUCAUUUUCUUAUGGAUUCACUUACCAGGUAUUCCUCAGUUUCAGGGGCACUGACACUCGCUAUGGUUUUACUGGAAAUCUCUAUAAGGCUCUUACCGACAAAGGAAUCAACACCUUCAUUGAUGACAAUGAUCUUCAAAGUGGAGAUGAAAUCACACCAUCACUCAUAAAGGCUAUUCAAGAGUCUAGGAUUUUCAUUCCUGUGUUUUCUGUCAACUAUGCCUCUUCUUCUUUUUGUUUGGAUGAACUUGUCCACAUCAUUCAUUGCUUCAAGUCAAAGGGUCGUCUAGUUUUGCCGGUUUUCUAUGGGGUGGAACCUACUCAUGUGCGGCAUCAGAGUGAAAGUUAUGGCAAAGCAUUGGCUGAGCAUGAAGAGAGGUUCAAAAAUAACAAGCAAAACAUGGAGCGGUUGCACCAAUGGAAGAUAGCUCUUAACCAAGCUGCUAACUUGUCCGGCUACCACUUUAGUCCCGGAUCAUAUGAAUAUGAAUACAAGAUUAUCGGGGAAAUAGUCAAAUACAUCUCUAACAAGAUCAAUCGCGUUCCUUUACACGUUGCCGAUUACCCUGUUGGAUUACAGUCCCGAGUACAACAUGUGAAAUCUCUACUUGAUAAGGGAUCUGAUGAAGGGGUCUACAUGGUAGGACUCUAUGGUACCGGAGGCUUGGGCAAAUCCACACUUGCAAAAGCAGUAUAUAAUUUUAUUGCUGAUCAAUUUGAAGGUUUGUGUUUCCUUCAUAAUGUGAGAGAGAAUUCAUCUAAAAAUAACUUGAAACAUCUCCAGGAGGAGUUCCUUUUGAAAACAAUUGGUUUGGAAGUUAAGAUAGGAGAUACUAGUGAGGGAAUUCCAAUCAUAAAGGAAAGGUUGUGUAGAAAGAAGAUUCUUUUGAUUCUUGAUAAUGUUGACAAUAUCAAACAACUACAAGUUUUGGCUGGAGGACUUGAUUGGUUUGGUCGUGGAACUCGAGUCAUUGUUACCACUCGAGAUAAGCACUUAUUAACUAGUCACGAGAUAGAAAGCGUGUACGAGAUGAAAGGGCUAUAUGGAAUAGAAGCACUUGAAUUGUUGAGGUGGAUGGCAUUUAAAAAUAACCAAGUUCCUUCAAGUUAUGAAGAAAUUUUAAACCGUGCAGUUACAUAUGCCUCUGGACUUCCAUUAGCUAUAGAAAUAAUCGGCUCCAAUUUAAUUGGAAAGAGCAUAGAAGAAUGGAAGAAUACAUUAGAGGGGUACGAAAAGAUUCCCAAUAAAGAGAUCCAGAAAAUACUUCGAAUAAGCUACGAUGCUUUGGAGGAAGAGGAACAAAGUGUUUUUCUAGACCUUGCUUGUUGUUUCAGAGGGAGUAUAUGGGCGGAGGUCGAAAUAAUACUUCAUGCGCAUUAUGGUCACUCUAUAAAACAUCAUCUUGGAGUGUUGGCUGAAAAAUCUCUCAUAAAGAUUAAUUAUGAUGAAGUGACAUUACAUGAUUUGAUAGAGGACAUGGGUAAAGAAGUCGUCCGACAAGAAUCACCAAAAGAACUUGGAGAACGUAGUAGGUUGUGGUAUUACGAGGAUACAAUUCAUGUCUUAAAAGAAAACACUGGAACUAGCAAAAUUGAAAUGAUAUAUCUCAAUUACCCUUCAACGGAAGCAAUAAUAGACUGGAAUGGAAAAGCCUUCAAGAAGAUGAAAAAUCUCAAAACACUUAUCAUAAAAAAUGGUCAUUUUUCCAAAGGUGCCCAACAUCUUCCAAGUGGUCUGAGAGUAUUAGAAUGGCAAAGAUAUCCUUCAGGAUGUAUACCUUUUAGCAUUUCAAACAAGGUAAUACAUUUAUUUUUUAUCAUGCAUAUUUAUAAAUUCAUAAGAGAUUAUUUAUUUGACUAUUAUAUGUUUUGUUUUUUGUUUAUGCAGACAUUUGAGAAGAUGAAAAUUUUAAAAUUUGACAAUUGUGAAUACUUAACAAAUAUAUCUGACAUCUCGUGUCUCCCAAAUUUAGAAAUUUUUUCAUUCAAAAACUGUGAGAAUUUAAUUUCAAUUGAUGAGUCUAUUGGGUUCCUCAAUAAGCUCCAAAUCUUGAAUGCUAAGGGUUGUGACAAGUUAUCGAGUUUUCCACCUUUAAGGCUGAACUCUCUUCGAGAGCUACAACUUUCAUUUUGUACAAGUCUCACGAAAUUUCCUGAAAUAUUGGACAAGAUGAAUAAUAUCAACAAUAUAACUUUGUUCAGUAGUGGCAUAAAAGAAUUUCCAUCUUCAUUUCAAAAUCUUACCGAACUUCAUAACUUAUCGAUAAGUGGACAUGGAAAACUUAUAUUUCCAAGUAGCAUUCCCAUGAUGUCAAAUUUGUCCCAAGUUAAUUUUGAUGGUUAUAGUCAGUUUGUCACAAAACCAAAUGAUGAACUGAGUUCCUUGUUGUCUUCCAAUGUGAAAGAGAUUAUAAUUCGAACAAGCAAACAUAAAUUUCUAGCAGUGACUCUUACCUUGUUUUCUAAUGUGGAAACCUUAGACAUAUCCGGCAGCGAUAUCAAAAUUCUUCCUGAAUGCAUAAAAAACUGUUGCUUUCUAAAGAGCAUUUAUUUGGAUUAUUGCCAAUAUCUUGAAGAAAUAAGAGGGAUUCCGCCAAAUCUUAAAUCAUUGUCUGCAUUGGGGUGCGAAUCAUUGACUUCAUCGAGUAAAAGCAUGCUAGUGAAUCAGAAACUGCAUGAAGCUGGAGGCACUGAGUUUCGUUUUCCAUCGUCACAAACUGAGAGGAUUCCGGAGUGGUUUGAGCAUCAAAGAAGAGAACAUUCGAUUUCUUUUUCGUUCCGUAACAACUUGCCUUCCUUGGUUUUCUACUUUUCUCUUAUAAGAAUGCAUGAAUGGAUCCUUGGGGUAGGAUUAAGAGUCUUUUUGCUCAUCAAUGACUAUGCAUAUGCUCUUGAUGUUCUUAAGUUUAGUAAUUCUUGUGAUAUUCCAAGGAAAUCUACAUAUAUAUUUUCUUCUGAUUGGAAAAACUGGUUAGAACUAGGAGACUAUAUACCAAAGGGACUCAAAUCUAUGUUGGAUGAUGCACUAUUGAAAAAUGAAUGGAUUCAUGCUGAAGUUACGAUUGCGAUUGAAUUGAAUGAGGGUAUUGCUGAAAGUGGAAUCCAUGUAAUGAAACAGUUAACUAGCGUGGAUGAUAUUCAAUUCACUAAUUCUUCCUUAUCCAAAAAGAGAAAAUUAGAUGAGUUUCUGAAUGAAUCAACAUCAGAAUGAAUAUGGUUGUUGUAGAAAGUGGACUCCACCUACUCAAUCAUUUAACUAGCAGGUCAGAUUGCAUUCCCAAUCGAGUUCCACAUGGACAACAAUAGAGCUAUACGUUUUUGCUGCAACAUUUGUGUAUCUGAAACUCCCAUGUCCACUAGCUGCUUUUUCUGCGGAAGGUGUAACAACCAACUAAUAUACCCUCUCCACUUUCAGUUACAUCAGUUAUUACCAUAUAGUUCCAAUGGUGCCCACUAAUAUUAUGAGAGAUUUAUCAACCAACACUCGAACGUGAACUUUUAUGCAAUGACCAUAAUGACUAUUAAGUAUCUCUUCGACUUCUGCCAAUCUACACCAUUUGAAGCAACAAGCAAUAUCCAAAAAGACACUUUGUUGUUCUUCGUCCAAAGCAUCAAAGUUUACUUUAAGUUUAUUUUGGAUAUCUUCAUGAGGAAUCCUUUCAUAUCUAACUACGCGGUUUAAAAUAUAAUCAUAACAUGGAUCAAUUUUGUCACUUUUAAAAGCCAUCCACUUAAACAAUUCAAGAGCUUCUUCCUCAUUUAAGGCAUCUAGUUCAUAUAUUCUUUCAGGUCCGAGCCAACUAGGCUCUCCGACCAAAACCUGCAAUUGCUUUAGUUUGUUAACAUCAUCGAGAAUCAACAGAACCUACUUUUGUUGUAGCCUUUGUUUUAUGAUUCCAAUUCCUCGCUAACAUGCCCUAACUCAAUUUUCAAUCCGAUUGAU